AAAUUAUAAAAAGUUCAAAUUUGAAAAAGUAUAAUUCAGAAAACAUAAAAAAAUUAAUUUUUAAAUUUAUUUAAAUAAUUAUUUAUUAUAUAUAUAAUAAGGAUAUAAGAGUCUUUUUCCUUUUAAUGGAUAACAUAUUUUUGAAAAUAUUUUUUAAUGAUUGUAAACAUGAAUAAUGAUACCAACAAAGUGGUAAGCAUGAAAAUUCUUCAUAUGUGUUUUGAUCUAAAAUAACAUAAGAUUUAAAACUUGUUCCCAAGUACAUAGUGAAUACACAGAAAUUUUAGAGUCUAUUACGAACAUUCAAACAGUUUUACUCACCUCUUUUAACAAAAUACAUGCGUCUUCUUUUUCUGUGGUUGUCAUAGUUGGUAUUAAAACAUCUCCAACCCCACUCUAUAUUUUACUCUAAAAUUAAAAAAAAUAAGGUGGAAAAUGAAGUAAUGAACAAAAGAUAAAAUGAUUACUCCAUUUAUAGAGUAAUGCUUUUAUUUUUUGUUUAUCACUCUAUUUCUCAUUCUAUUUUUUUCUAUUUUGAAGUAAAAUAUAGAGUGGGAUUUGAGAUGUUAUAACAUAUGUAAUUUAAAUACACCCGGAAGAAAUAACAUUCCAGAUUUCCAUAAACUAAAAAUAUUAUAAUAGGUAGAUAUUACUUUAAGAAUACAUUCUUACUUUAAGAACUAGCUAUAUAAGUGUCCAUGUUCUAACAUUAGUCUUGAGCAUCGAGCCAUACAGUUUUGUGAGGUCCUCUACCCUUCGAUCAAUCCAUCUUAAAUUACACGUUUCUCCCUUGUUUUCUUGAGAAGAAAGCUACCCCUUAACUAAGCAUACGCUUUAAAAGCUCUCAAGGUUUCAGUGAUGGUGAAUCGUGGUAGUUCAGUCACACUUUUGUCUGGUUUUCUUAUAAUUCUUCUAGUGAUACAACUACACUUUGAUCCCACGACGGCAGCUCGACAUGCACCUGUUGUUUCCUGGUCACCACCUGAGCCGCAUAAAGAUGAUUUUGUGUGGUACCACAAGAUCAACCGCUUCAAGAACAUAGAACAAGAUGCGUUUAGGCCAACUCACCAAGGUCCUAGUCAAGGUAUUGGACACAAGAGCCCUCCUGGUGUGUCUUAAAAUACACAUUUGGUUCUGAAGAGGGUACCGCUUUGUCGCUCGGAGUUCGUGUUUGUUUUUGAUAUUUUGUGUGCCGUUUUACGUUGGGUAAAAGAAAAGAAGAAGAAAAAAAAGAGAAGAAGUUGCAUACCAGUUUCUUGUGGGGAGUAUAUGAACGUGAAUCGAACAAGAAAAUGACUUCAGAGUGUGUUUUUUUUAUAAGUGAUACUUUGUCCUUUACGAAAAGGCCAUGAAGAUAUCUCUUGGUUGCUUAUUUGGGUGUUUUUGUUCUAUGAAGAGACUUGAGAUUUCCUCUCUUUUUUAGUAAAUGUAUAUUUUCUCAGUUUAAAAUAAAAUUAAUGGGGGUAUUCCAGGUUAAUCAAAAGCAAAUUUAAUGAUUUUGAUGGCAUAAUUUUAUUAUCUGCGAAACAGUUAGAUAUUUGUUUUAACUAAAUUUUAUAGUUACAGAUAUGAACAUGAAAUUUUAAAUAUUUUUGAACAUAUAUAGUAAUUAUUGUGAACAAACGCAAAUCAAACUCUAAGAAAAUAAUAAUGUUUAGAGCGAAAAUAAUAACGAGGCAGAUACAUGAUGUAUAGUUGAAUGGAGAGGGAAGCUUUUAAUGGUCAAUGUAAACGGCGACUCGGUUAAGGAAGGAGCUACAUACGGCGUUGUGGGAAUGAGAGGUCAGAAGUAUGCUAUAGAUGUUUGGUGUGUUUCUGAAGUUAUUAAUUAAUCUGAUUUAAAUCAGUCUCUCAUAUCUCCCACAUCUCUCAGUUUCCCAUUAAUUUCUUGAUUGUCGUUAUGUAGACAACUCCGUGUAAGCUUGGAUUACACAUCAUUGUUCCAGAACCAAAUGAAAUAACAAAUAUUAAGAUUGAGAAUUAGAGGCUGAGAGACCACCAUAGAGAGUUCUCGGUGAUGUGAAUGAUUUUGCCGGUGACAGAAAACAUUGAAGAGGACUUAGGCCAUAGUGAUUCAGUUUGAUUUGGUUUAAUAUCGGUUUAAGUGGGUAUUUUAAAUGAUGGUUUACGAAUCAGUAUUAUGUUAGAUCAAAUAUUUAGUUUGAACCGUUUUCCGGUUUGAUUUUCAGGUUUAAUGGUUUUUACUGGUUUUCUAAAAAACUAAGAUUUGUGGGGAAAUAGAUCUUAAACUUUGUUUUCAGGAUAUCUAGAACGAUGCCAUAGUUCGAAAAACAUCUGAUGUUAUAUCAUAGUUCUCGUGGGAAAAUAUAUUUCGUUUUACUAUAAACUUGCAACAUACAACAGUUUCGUUUGAGUAAAAACAUUUUCAUGUUAUCAAAUCAGUUUUGAACCAGUUUUUUUUUCUUGGAACACAAACUUACUUCCAAUAAAACUAUUCUUCCAUACAAUAGAAAGAGUGAAUUAUUCAUCCUCUUUGGCCAAGUUAAUAGUAGUUUUAUCAUCAUAUACUAAUUCUCUAUUCAAAUUCAGUGAGACUUUAGUGUUAUUCGAUCGAAUUUUAGGUUAGCAGAGGUUGUCUUGAAAAAAGUUAUUAGCAAAAGGUAAUAUUCUCGACAAAAUUGAGCUGUAUAGUACAUGUGCAGAUGUUUGGUAGCAACUCGUUUAAACUUUAAUAUUACAGUUAAACAACAAACAAAUGCUAAAAAACACUAGUGGCUCAAUCAAUAAAAAAACAUAAAUGAUAUAGGAAAAUUUGCCAAAAAAAUAAUAUAAAACUUGAUUUUAAAUGUAAAAGUAUACUCUAAAUUCAAUUUAAACUUUGCAUUUACUCCAAAUUUAAAAUGAUUUUGUAGAUUUAUUCUUUAUAUUUAAAAUGCCAACUUCGUACUACAUCAUUUGGUACCUUAUGUUCAUACAAGGAACUGGAUAUAAUCUAGGGUUGAACAUAAAAAGAAGAAGUUUCAAACAAAAAAAAGUUUCAGAAAUUUUACCAAAAAAAAAAAGCUUCAGAAAAAAGCAUAAAAAGAAGAAGAUAUUUUAAGAUUAACUAUCGUGGAUGGAGGUGGACGUUGGACCUAGUCCUUUGGAGUUGGGUUUAGCAAAAGGUUACUAAUGAUGUGAUACAUAAAUGGAACUUGUACUAGGUUAUUAACAAGUUGGGGCCAACUAUAUAUUGUUUAAUUGAAAGAGUACAAUUAUAUUUAUAUUAAUAUUCAAGAGGCCUAUCAAAUAUUAUAAGAUUCUGACGAACUUUUUAGUUUUAGUAGUCGAGCUUAUUAUAAUAAAUAAAUAAAAAUUGUACUUUUUUUUUGUUCACAAAAUAAAAGUUAUACUUGUCCGCUGGUUUUUGUUUAGGAAAGACAUGUGGGGGGGGGGGGGGGGGGGGGGGGGGGUGU